GCCAAAUCAUAAUGGGAAAAGUAGAGAUUGUUCUUAAUUCACUUCCUAUGAGUGGAGGAGAUGGUCCCAACAGCUAUUCUAAGAAUUCCCAACUGCAGAGAAGAUCAGCAAGUUUAUUGAAAGAGACAAUUGACAAGUUGAUAACGGAGAAACUUGAUGCAAAAACCCUAGUCUCCGACUCCAACACAUUCUGCAUAGCUGAUCUUGGUUGUGCAACUGGACCAAACACAUUCUUUCUCGUCCAAGACAUCAUCAAAUCUGUUGAAAACACCUUAGAACCAAACUCCACAAAGCCAGAGUUCCUCGUUUUCUUCAACGACCUCACAAAUAACGACUUCAACACUCUGUUCACCUCUCUCCCUCAAGACCGUAGUUACUUUGCGGUUGGUGUCCCCGGUUCUUUCUAUGGCUGUGUUCUUCCUCAAUCCUCCGUUCAUAUUGUUGUGUCGUUGGCGGCUACACACUGGCUUUCAAGUGUUCCAAAGGAGGUCUUGGACAAAAGCUCCGAGGCAUGGAAUAAAGGAAAGGUUCACUACUCAAAUGCGGCCGAAGAAGUGGUGAAGGCCUAUGAAGACCAGUUUGGUCGGGACAUGGAGAAGUUUCUAGAAGCUAGGGCUCAAGAAAUAGUGAGUGGAGGUCUUUUGGUUGUUGGAAUGUGUGGGAUUCCGCAAGGAAUGCCUUUCUCCAAUCUUGCCGACAGUAUCAUGUAUACUUCCAUGGCUGAUGUUCUCACUCAAAUGCAAUCCCAGGGUUUGAUCAGUGAAGAGCAAGUCGAUACCUUCAACAUACCAAUCUACUCAGCAUCGCCUGAGGAGGUGGCAGCCUUGGUAGAGAAAAAUGGCUGCUUCGCUGUUGAAUCUAUGGAGCUGAUGGACCCCACCACAUGGCUUAAACGGCCAAUGGACGUGGAGGAUGUAAGGCAAUGGAUGGUUUGCAUAAAGGCCACAAUGGGAUCUCUCUUUAUCAAUCAUUUCGGUGAUCAUCUCCUAGAUGACAUCUUCGACCGUCUCACAGCCAGACUCGUUGGACUCACCGAUAAGGUUGAAUCUAGCUAUCGUGAGAAGGUCAUGUUGUUCUUUGCGUUGAAACGAAAAUGAUUGUCCUUUUCUUAUUUGGAAUGCUUUUUUUUGUGUGUGUGUUUUUGUUUGAUUGUUUGGAUUGGUUUAAUCCGGUUGUUGGAUCAAUUGGUACAGUUGUGUGAUUCCCUAUUAUGUAAUGUUGGGUUUUCUGAGUAUUAAUUGUAUUGUUUGUGUAA